AUGUUAAUCAACGAUGUUACAGGUAACUAUAACAAGCAAGAGGCGUAUAGAUGAGGGAGGAUCUGCGCCUGGCCUUAGCAAUGUAUGCUCAAGACUUAAGAAGACGCAUAGCUCCGUUUGUCCCUCCCUCAAACGAAAGAAUAUCUGCAGUAAUGCUAUAGCCAGGGUCACAACAAUUCAUCACCGUCACCGCAGUUCAAAGUCCAAGUGAUAGUAACGCGUCUUGGUGCCUGAGUCUAUACAAAUUAUCUUGUAUCAUAAUGCUAUCAUACAAUUUUCAAGCUAACAUUUCGACCUGAAUCAAAU